UUCGGCAGUUGAAUUUUGUAUUUGCUUCGCUUCGGAUCGUUCGGUUAAAAACGGUUAAAUGAUAAAACUACGCGUAACUCAAAUUCAAUACCCAAUGGCCUUUCAAACGCGUUAAUAUCAAAUUGUUUACUGAUUGUGAAAGAGUGUAAAAUGUUUACCAUCAAUUGGUUCGAUGUGAUCCCCGUGGCCAUAACUUUUCUUGUCAUAAUCUUCGUACAAGUGUUAAACGGCUAUUUGCACAUACUGAACGAUAAUGUGACUCCCAAGAAUGCAGAUACCAAUGGCACAGUGACUGAAACAGACUGCCCAAUAUCGGAGAAUAUCGCAACGACACCUCAUUCCCCUAAAAGGAUUUCAAUUUCGCAAAGAACAUCGUUGACAUUGUCGAAUGGCAAGUUGGAAAAGCAGACAAGCCUUUUGGAUUGCGAUAGUGGCAUUUCAUUGAACUCUAUCAACAUAAGCACAACACCAACACCAACACCAACACCAACAACAGCAACGUCCACCUCAAGCUCAGCAACAACAAGUGCCACAACAGCAACACCCUGUUCAACAGCCAACUCAUCACCGACAUACAGUUCCCACAAUGGUUUCCUCACACAUACCCUCAGUUUUGAAACCUUGGGCGAUGAGUACCACGAGGAUGAGGACACGCUGUCGCUGGAGAAUCUCUUUCCCUGCGAUCAAUCUGAAGUCUAUGCCUCAAAGAAGAUCAGCUUUAUCAUCGAUGAACUGAUCCAAACGGAAGUCAACUAUGUGAACAAUCUUCGCAAAGGACUCAUCAACUAUGGCAAUCUGCAGGAUUGCGAAAAUCUGCCAGAAGGAUUACGCGGCGAGCAGCGGCAACAGCUGCUCCUGGGCAACAUCUCUGAGAUUCUCGAGUUGCAUGAACAAGAGAUUCUGCCUCUCAUGUUGCGCAAUCAACGCGAUCUUAAAGGUCUCUUCGACGAGUUUUCGGCGCACUUUGAGAAAAACAAUUUAUAUUGCUAUGUGAGCUUCACAAUGGGCAAAAAGUCAUCAAUGCAGCUGCGACAGGAAAAUCGCGAAUGGUUGCAGAGCUAUCAAACCACAAUAAAAGACAAGCUGGGCAUUGACAGUUUUCUAGUGCAGCCCAUACAAAGACUGACCAGAUAUCCAUUGCUGCUGCAGCAAUUUAUAUCGGAAUUCUAUAAGAGCGGUAUUAGCUGUAAGCCUGUGCUUAGCGCCGUUUGUAAGCUGGAAACGCGACUGCGACGUCAGCUGGAUGUGGUCAAUCAAGCGGAGGAGAUACCCAACAUAGAUGAGCUGAAUGAGUUCGAUCUGCAGCAGCAGGGAAAUUUCCGGCGAUCCACGGAGUUCGAUGCACAGCAUGUUCCUACCAAAAAGAAAUAUCGAGCCAAGAUCUUUCUCUUUGAUCGCUGUUUGGUGUGCACGGAGGUGCGUAAGCGUCGUCUGGCCUAUCGCCAGCACUACAAUUGGGAGCAUGUGGAGCUGCAGCGUCCAUUGGAGUUGGCAACGGCGAAUGCCAAUAAAAUAAUAAAUCUGCUGGUCAAGCAGCCAGAUAAGGACAAGGGAAAGCGGGAGGAGUACUCAUUUGUGGCAUCGGAAGCAUCUGUGGUUAAACAAUGGCUGCUGGCCACUCACAAGAUCAUUGAGAUAGCGAGACAUGAGCAAUUACAACGCGAUACCUUCAGUCUGCCCAUGGAUCUGGUGUUGGGCGUUGUACUUGCCAUUUGGCUGAUAUGGCAGUACUUGUAGUGCUAUCUAAACUAUACGUUACUAAGUUAAGCUAUAGAAUAAAGAUAAGUUAUUUGUAUGACUA